AUGUAUCGGUUCAUAUGCGAUGCCAUGUUCCUCGAUAACAUCUGUAGUUCUGCGUUGUCCUCAUCUCAACCGCUGAAUGAGGCAGGGCAACUCGGUACGCUUUUGUCCGACGCAGCUGUAGUGCUGUCGAGUGGUGAAGUUCCCAAUGAUCUGAUCGUAUCAGCAGCAGGACUCCUUAAUAUGAACGUCUUUCGAAAUAUUCACUUAUCGCAUGAUGAGCUGAGUAAUGUGAGAACUUUUUCUCAAAUCAGCAAAGUCUCUAUUUAUGAGCUGCUUUUAAUUCAUAAAAUCUUUUGGGUAAUUGGUUUCGACAACUCACUGAUUGUGUGCAAGGAGCUGCUUUGCUUCUACUAUGGAGUAGUGGACAAGUGGUACUCUAAAGAAUUUGGUUUGUUUUGUUGA